UUCUCUGCCAUGCUCCUUUCCUAACUUCUCUCUGGAUUAUCAUUUAACUCUUUUCCUUUUCUACUUUAUGACUUUUAUCUGGAUAGACUGAAAAGACACCGUGGACAUUAUCGAUGUUUUGUGAGCAGGAGAUGGCCAUUAGAUCACAGGAAGUUUUCUCUUUCAAAGACUCUGAACUUCCCUGCCACCUGCUUGGCCAGCUCAACAUCCUUCGGCAAGAGCGCAUCCUGACAGAUGUCCUGCUCUGCACCGAACAUCAGGAGAUCCCCUGCCACAGGAACAUCCUGGUGUCCAGCAGCCCAUACUUCCGCGCCAUGUUUUGCAGUAACUUUCUGGAGAGCAGCCAGGCUCGUGUUAAUCUGAAGGGAAUCUCUUCAAAUGUGCUUUCUGGCAUUGUGGAUUAUGUUUACACAGGCUGCAUCACUAUCAACAUGGAGAUUGUUCUACCACUCAUGCAGGCAGCAUCCAUGCUCCACUAUGGAGGUCUCUUUGAAGCUUGCUCUAUGUUCCUUCAGGAGCAGUUGAGUCCAGAGAAUUGUCUGAGCAUGAUCAGGUUGUCUGAGAUCCUUCACUGUGAGAGUCUGAGGGAGCGGGCCAAGGAGAUGGCUGUGAGGUGUUUCUCUGAUGUAGCUGCCACAGAGGAUUUCUGUGAGCUGUCUCUUCCUGAGCUCAUGUGUUACCUGGAGGAUGAUCGGCUUUGUGCUGAGGAGGAGCAAGUGUUUGAGACUCUCCUGGCAUGGAUCCACCAUGACCCCUUCUCCAGGCGUGGAGCCAUCCAUGACCUCUUCAAAAAAGUCCGACUGCGCUACAUCCAUCCAACUUACCUCUUCCAGUUCAUUGCCAAUGACCCACUGGUGCAGUCCUCCACCCUCUGUACUGAGAUAAUUGAGUCAGUUCGUCGUCUUAUGCUCACAGCCAGUGCCAAGUGUAGCCGUGAGCUGAAGCCACUUUGGACCACACCCAGACGUUAUACUUGUAGAGAGACACUGGUGGUGGUUGGAGGACGCAAAAACAAUGAGCAAACUUCCCGGGAAGCACUGCUGUAUGAUGAAAGAACUCACCGAUGGCAAUGGUUGGCCAAGCUCCCUCUGCGCCUUUACAAAGCAGCAUAUGUGUGUAUUCACAGCAUCCUCUACGUGCUUGGAGGGCUCAGCCUCUGCAUGAGUUCAGGUGACAGCUCGGUCAGUGCCACAGUUUACACACUGUCCCUCAAAACUAACCAGUGGAGGACUGCUGAGCCCAUGUUGGAGCCACGGUAUGCCCACCAAAGCGUGUCCUACCUGCACUUUAUUUUUGUGUUGGGAGGCAUUGGGGUAGACAAGCGAAUCUCUAAGUCAGUAGAGAGGUACAACAGUAUGUUUAAUCAAUGGGAGGCCAUGGCACCAAUGCCCACUGCAGUGCUUCAUCCAGCUGUUGCAGCCAGUGAUCAAAGAAUAUACGUUUUCGGAGGAGAAGAUGCCAUGCAGAACCCGGUCAGGCUUAUUCAGGUGUAUCACAUUUCUCGUAACUUGUGGUCCCGGCUGGAGACAAGAACAGUGAAAAAUGUCUGUGCUCCUGCUGCUGUAAUAGAAGACAAGAUCUACAUCAUAGGGGGAUAUACCAGGAGAAUGAUUGCCUAUGACACCAAAGCCAACAAAUUUGUCAAGUGUGAGAAUUUGAAGGAGCGAAGGAUGCAUCACAGUGCUACAGUGAUCAAUAAUAAGCUCUACGUCACCGGAGGACGCAUCCUCAAUGGCCACGACGUCAUUGAGGACUCAGACUGCUUUGAGUGUUACGACCCUAAAACAGAUGUUUGGACCUCAAAAGGUUCCCUGCCUUACAAGCUAUUUGACCACGGCUCUCUGCCACUCGUCUGUGUUUCCAACAGACCCAACCCACCAUGACCCACUAUCCAGUCAGCCACUUUGGGGCGAAGGCUUCACUGUGUGCUCUUCACCUCUCCUUUGCCAUGAUUUAUUGGCCUCUGCCUACAUAAGCAGGAAACCAUUUCAGGCUGACAGCAUUCCUUCACGCAGCUCAGUCUUUGCCACAACUUAGCGGCAUGUUAGGUCGGGCUGACUUUUAUCUGAAUCAAAGAGGAGCCUGUGAAGAGGUAUCUCUUCUGAGGAACCUGGUGUGGAACUGAAGUGAGAACCCCAGAGAUGAUGGGAGGUAGUCAUCGUCACCCAACAAGCACUUGUUCAGACACAUAUGUCGUGCAAAAAGCUUUUUUCAGCAGAUGGCUGCCUUCAUUCAAGGCAAACCAAAAGUGUUAAUGUUUUGAUUUCUCUGGAAUUUAUACACAGCACAUCAGAGCGGCAGCUGCAAUUUAUUUUUCUGCAACAGUUAAACAUGGCAAGAACUGUGUUUGGCCUAAUCUUUAAGCUUCAUUUGUCUUGUAAAACUGAAUAUGGCAUGCGCUAAUUUGCACUUCUUGAUGGUAAAUAAUGCAUUCCUCCUUGACCCACUUGUUCCUCUCAGAGUGCACUUGUUGAUGAGGAACGUUGUUGCAGAUUACAAAUAAAAGAGAUAAAGUAGCUGCAGCAAUGGUUAGGUUUGAUGAAAUGCUAAUAAAGAACAGAUUUACUCAAAUGAAAUGAUCUGGCCCAAAUUGAUUCUGUUGAAACUGUUUACUGCAUACCAGAAGUCUAAUAAAAAUAUGUUUUAGAUUAAACAAUUCUCUGCACAUAAAGAAAUGAGUUAUUCAGUGGUGGUUUACUUUUUAUUUCACUGUGCACGUAAGCAUUGCUGGACAAGGAAAAUGUCUUCACAGCCACUGUAUGCUGAUGUAAGGACAUGUGACAGUCUGCCUGGGGACGAUGCAGUGACAUGCUAAGUGCAUACAGGAGUGGAAGUGAUGUUGGGGGGAUUUUCAGCAUUUGUAUCUUUGUCCUGCAUCCCUCUUUGUCCUCUUGGAUCAUGCAUUCACAGCUGCACUCCAGCCCCUGGCCUUGGUUCAGCCAUGGCAACACUACUGUUACUCUCUUGGAGGAUUCGUGUGAUGCAUAUUCAUCUUUUUUGGGACUGCACCAAUGAUUAAAUGUAUUAUGAGUUGCUGUUACUUGCACAUUUGAGACAUUCAUUGUUUCUUAAAAAUGAAAACCUUUUUUUUUUUUGUUAAAAAGUGUUAUAUUUUUAAACUGAAUUCUGCGUGACUUAUUUUGUUUUCCUAACUAUUUAGUUUUGACUUUGGUUCUCCAUUUGUUUGCAAACUGGCCGAUACACAAGGGAACAUUAUGAGAUGCAUAAACAUGUUCUGGCUAUCAAGUUACACAUGUGCUUUCCAAACCUCAUUAACUCCCAGCACAACAUCCGCUUUCUUAAUUAUAUUUAACUUAGGUGUGAUGAUAAGGAUAUUGUGAGUACAAUGUUUUUUUGUUACUAUGUGACGGACGUGCAACCUCUUGACCUGUGAGGUCACAUUAUCUUCAUACACCGUCUGGUAUGAAGAGCUCCACAUGUAGACUAAAUAUCCAGUUACCAGAGCCCUCCCUGAAAG